AUGGAAUCGCCCCAAGCCACGGGGGCUGUGUCCCCCCCCGAUGCCGGUUCUGGUGCGUCUGCAGCUCCCCCUGGGGAGCCUACAGCAGCAGCAACGGUUCCUUCCCGUGCAGAAGAAGCUCCCAAAGCGCCUGCGGCAGCAGCAGCCGCAACAGCAGCACCAGCAGCAGCAGCAGCCGCCGGGACCCGGCCAGCUAUGAGUCCAGAGGAGCAGCGCGAGAUCAAGGAAGACCGCUUUCUGCAGGCGUCGCUGCGGGUGCGCGCCGACGGCGGCGUCUUCCCCAACUGUCUGUACCUCCCCAAGCUGGCGGAGGAGUGCGUUAGGGAGGGCCUGGCCCCGAGGCUGCGCGUCGACGUGGUCCAGGAGAUCCUCAUAGAACAGACGCAGCUUCUGUGGCGCAGCAAAAGUCAAAAUGUCUUCAGAGCAAAUGCAGAGGCUUUCCACAGGCUUUCAGACGAUACUUACACCAAGUAUUUGCCAGCCGACAGGCGGGUCGCAGCAACAGCAGCAGUUCAGGAGCAGCUUGUCAGCAACGCCGUUUUGCUGCUUACGUGCUUGGAGCUUUUCGAACUGGAAGAGCCACCGCCAGUGGCUGCAGUGUCUGUACAGUUCAGGGAGUUCUUAGAGGGCGGCGCCUCCACAGUGUUCAUGAACAAACUCAUUGCAGGGCUGCAGGACACGCCAACAGCAGAAGAGGCUCUUGCUGCUGCUUUUGGCCCCGCCGUGGACGGCUUUUUUGCUGCGCUCACCGGCCGGGCGGUAGGAGACUACAAAGCGCCCGCUGUCGGAGCCAUCCGCUUUCUUUCCUCAUUUAAACCAAUCGCUGCAGUCAUUGCCAACCGGCCUUGCUUCUCUCCGCCCUUUUUGCCCCCACUGCCGGCCUCUCAGCCCGGCUUCUUCUUGCAGGAGAAUUCGCUGCUGGGCAGGCUGCUCUCCUUCACCCCUCUAGACGGGCCAGUCCUGCCCAAAGGCCAGCAGAGCAGCGUGCAACGUGCGUUUGCGGGCAGCGCCGCCUUGGCACCGACGUACCUGCAGAACACAAUUCAGGGCAUGAGACACGACAUACAGAAUCUCAUGGACAUUGACAACCAGAUUCUGAAGAAUCUCUGCCGCGCAGGGAAGGCAGAGAGGCAGCGUGUGCUGCUGUGGUUUGCUGCUGUCUUGACUUCCAAUGAGGGCCGGGCCAAGGCAGCUCACGCUCACAUGCUGCUGCAACAGCAGACUCCGGAGUCAGCAGACCCCCUCCAUUCUUUCCUCAUAAAGGCGCAAGGCCAAAAUACGUUUGGAUUCUGCAUAAAUGUCUUCCACGCGCUGCUGCUGCUCGUCGACCCAAUAAAAUACGAGAAGAUCUGCGAGCUGUCGCCCUUCUACGUCACCUGCGGCCCCUCCAGCGACGCCCUACGGCUGGCGGUGGCGGGGCCGCUGCGCCGCGAGGCGCUUCUGGGGGAGGGCGAGGCAGUAGCGGCAGCUAAGGCUUUCUACCAGACAAUUGCUGCUGACGAUGCUAAUUCGAAGUUCACCGCCGAGGUCUUCUGGCUCACAAUCAGGGCUGUUAGGCUUUGCUUUAAUCCCUGCGCGAACGAGUGCAUGCGUUGGAUGGACCACUUUCAGCGGCGGCACGACGAGGGCAUGCAGCAGAAUUCAACGGAGGCGAAACACAUUAUAGCAGAAGUCCUUGGCUGGCGUGUGAUCCUGCUGCACCCUCGCCUGUGCAGCUUGUACUGGCACUUCGCACACCUUUUCUGUUCGUGGCUGCUGGGGUGUAUGUACACCUACGCCCCAGACGGCAAAGAGGACCCCAAAGCUGUUGCUCUGUUGACGAGCCAGAAGUGGCGCUAUGCGGCGCUGCUGACUCAGCUCCCCCCCGGCGGCGCAGAAAACCCCUCGCAGCCUCCCCCUCAAUUUGCACUGCUCCCCAGCGGCAUCAUAGAAGACCUCUUUCUCUCAAUGCGGCACAUGGCGGAGCUGCAGGCCGUCUACUCCAGCCUGCGGGGAGCACAGGGCGGCGAAGUCUCGCCCUGCAGCAGCAUGGACGCCGAGCUCGUUGCUGCCACCUGCAUUGCUGUCAUGGGCUCUCCUGGAUUCUUCCGCAGUGUGCAUACACGCUGCGACGGGGCCUGCCGCACCUUGCACCGACUGUUUCUGCUAGAGGACUUUCGCUCUCGGCUGGAGUCGCUUUCGGUGGCGAAGCGCUUUCUGCUGCCUGCGUUGUUUGAGGUCUUCAUAGACUCAGAAAGAGGCUCUUACUACGACAGAAUUAACUUCAGAAUUCCUAUUGUGGACAUGCUGCGCCGCCUGCUAGCUAACGAAGACUACAAGACGAACAUGAAGGGCCUCGCUGAGGCUCACCCCGAAAAGUUCUUGCACUUGAUUCACUUGCUGCUGAAUGACGUCGCAGCCCUAGUGGACCAGGCGAUGGAGGCUCUUGUGGAGAUACGACGCAGGCAGCUGGAAGGCCGAGAUAACGACCAGGCCCCACUGCCCGGCCAGACUGGAGCCCGCGCUGGCGCUGCGGGCGCUGCUGCUGCAGCUGCUGGGGCGACGCAGGGGGCCCCUGCUGCUGGCGGGGAAGAGGAAGAGUCCGACGGUGACGAAGUGGCAGGAUCUCUAGAGGGGCAGUCGCCGCUGGAGAGAGAGCCCUGGGCGCGGCUGCAGACCACUGCGCGGGACUUGUGCUCUCUUGGCCAGAGCGCGUGCGGCCUGUUCACGUUGCUGUCGAGACACUGCGGGGCUGUCAUCAGCAGCAGCAGCAGCGUCUUGCCUCAGGCUGUCACCACCCUGGACUGCUGCCUAGACCACUUGGUCGGGCCCAGAUGCCUCCAGCUUAAGGUCAACUCCAUGGAGACCUACAGCUUCAGACCCAAGGAUUGGCUGUCUACUGUUUUGGAGGCUUAUGUAUACCUACUUCAGGCUGACAAGACGAAUGGGGAAGUCAUAAUUGCCGAGAUCUUGAGGGAUGGGCGAUACUACAAACAGGCGAAUAUUUCCAAAGCAUGCCGCAUUGCGCGCCGCGAGGGUCUGAUGUCUUCUGUCCUUCUGGAGGAGUUUCAUUCUUUGGUGAAGCGGCUGGCCGACAUGGAGCAGGCAGGAAAGGAUAUAGACCUCGACGACGUGCCGCCCGAAUUCCUAGACCCCAUUAUGGCAGACUUGAUGACAGACCCUGUGCUGCUGCCCUCAAGCAAAGUCAUCGUUGACAGGCGCAACAUCGAGAGGCACCUCAUGUCGGAGCCCUCCGAUCCUUUCAACAGGGCCCCUCUGACCCGCGAGCAGCUGGUGCCGCAGCCGGAGCUCAAGAAGGCCAUAGAGGCGUUCACAGAGGCGAAGCGGCAGAUGGCUGCGACUACCAAAAGUCCUGGCAACUAG